AUGUCGUCGGUCGCUGAAAUCCCCGUUGUUUCCUCCGAGAAGAACCCCCACAAUGAAUCCGCUCCCGUGCAUGACAUCAAUCUCCUCGGGAAGGGCAGCCCGGGUGUCCGUCGCAUUGAGAUAAUCACCUCUUAUUUCAAACUGGUCGAUCGGGUCUUCUUGUUUCUGGCGAUUUUCCUGAUCGCCUAUGUGUAUGGAUUGGACGGAACGGUUCGCUAUACAUACCAGCCAUAUGCCACGCAGAGCUAUAGCCAGCACAGUUUGCUUGCUACGAUUAAUGUUCUUCGAGCUGUUAUUGCUGCCGCUGCGCAGCCCACCGCGGCCAAGAUUGCAGAUGUGUUCGGGAGAGUGGAGUUGAUCAUUGUAUCCAUUGUGUUCUAUACUGUGGGCACAAUUGUUGAGACAUGCGCAAAGAAUGUUUCUGCCUUUGCGGCCGGUGCUGUGAUCUAUCAGAUCGGAUACACCAGUAUCAUGCUUCUGGUCGAAGUAUUGAUUGCCGACGUUACAUCCUCUCGAUCUCGUCUAUUGUUCUCUUACGUCCCGGCGCUGCCUUUCAUCAUCAACACUUGGAUCAGCGGAAACCUGACAGAGGCCGUUUUGAAGGUUACCACAUGGCAAUGGGGUAUUGGCAUGUUUGCCAUUAUUUACCCUAUCUGCGCCAUUCCCCUUGUCACGGUCCUUUUCAUCGUUCAGCGUCGCUCGAAGAAGGCCGGAUCGCUGGAGUCAUACAAAAGCUCACUUGAGCUUUUGGGCGGAAGAAAGAUGGCAGCAGAGCUCUUUUGGCACCUUGAUAUUGUCGGCAUGAUCUUGAUGAUUGCCAUGUUGGCUUGCAUCCUGGUUCCUUUCACACUUGCUGGUGGCGUGACUGCUCAGUGGAAGACUGCCAAGAUUAUUGCACCACUCGUUAUUGGAAUUCUCCUGAUUCCCGUCUGGGUCUAUUGGGAGAGAACUUGCAAGCACCCCAUGGUGCCAUUUAAGCUUCUUCAAGACCGUGCUGUCUGGGGUGCGCUUGCAAUUCCUAUCUGGCUCAACACUGCCUGGUACCUUCAGGGAGAUUUCCUCUACACUGUUCUGUACGUCAGCUUUGACGAGUCGAUUCUCAGUGCGACCCGCAUUACCUCACUUUACAGCUUCGUAUCUGUCAUCACCGGUGUUAUCCUUGGCUUCAUCGUUAUCAGAGUCCGCCAGCUGAAGCCUUUCAUUGUUGCUGGAACGGUCUUGUUCACUGUUGCUUUUGGACUUUUGAUUCAUUUCCGAGGUGGAACUUCCGGCUCCAGCCACUCCGGUGUUAUUGGUGCACAGGUCCUUCUGGGAAUUGCUGGUGGAAUGUUCCCAUACCCCGCUCAAGCCAGUAUCCAAGUUGCCUCAAGGCAUGAAAACCUCGCCGUCAUCACCGGUCUGUUCCUUGCCGCCUACAACAUUGGCAGUGCUCUUGGAAACACCAUCUCGGGUGCGAUUUGGAACCAGGUAUUGCCCGGUGAGCUUAUCAACAGGCUUGGCAACGAGACCCUGGCCGCAUAUGUCUAUGCGAAGCCCCUUGAAUUCGCAGCCGCUACGCCCGUUGGCACAGCCGAUCGCGACAACGUUAUUUUGGCCUACCAACACACCCAGCGUCUGCUUUGCAUCACAGGUAUCUGUCUCACGGUGCCGCUGAUCGCCUUUGCUAUGGUGAUUCGUAACCCGAUCCUUACCAAGGAGCAGACUUUGGCGAAGGCCGAGGAGACUAGCGACUCUGAGUGA